UGUAUAUAUACUGUGUGUGCGCACUGUAGUAGCACUCCACUCCAGCUGUUCUAUCCUGCACAAAUUAUCUACAUGAUGAACGCCUCAAUCGCAGUCCUCUUUGCCUUGGUGGGCGUAGCCUGCGCCUCCUUCUAUGGCGGCGGCGGCGGCGGCCAAGGUGGUACCAUUAUCGUAUCAGGAGGCGGUGGCGGAUAUGGUAAAGGAUUCGGUGGUUUUGGAAAUGGCGGUGGCUUUGGCGGUGGCUUCGGAAAUGGCGGUUAUGGUAAAGGCUAUGGCGGCGGUUUCAUCCAGAGCGGAUAUGGUAAAGGCUACGGCGGUCAAGGCUACGGAGGUCAAGGCUAUGGAGGUAUGAUUAGCAGUUAUGGCGGUUAUGGCAAAGGCUAUGGCGGUCAGGGAUACGGAAACAUGUAUGGUGGAUACGGGGGAGGAAACGGAGGACUCAUCAUUGGAGGAGGAAAAGGCAUGGGCUACGGAGGAGGACUCAUCAUUGGAGGUGGAAAAGGCAUGGGCUACGGAGGAAACAUGGGAUAUGGCGGAUACGGAAAAGGAGGAAAUGUUAUCAUCAGCAGCGGCAACGGAUGGGGAAAUGGUUAUGGAAAGGGAGGCAACUGGGGAGGAAAAGGCGGAUUCGUCGGAUCCUCCUACGGAAAGGGAUAUGGUGGAAACAUGAUCGGAAUCGGAGGCGGAGGAUACGGAGGAAUGGGUGGCGGAUAUGGAAAUGUGGGAUAUGCAUAUCCAUCAUACGGUGGUGGUAAAGGAUUCGGAGGCGGCAUAAGGUUGGGAGGUCGUGGAUUUGGCAAAGGAAAGGGAGGUCUCGUCUACUAAACAACUACUCGUCUCCUCAACUGAAUAGUCCUGUUCCGUUUUUGUUAUUUUUUAUGUUUAUGAAUGAUUAAAGCAGAUUUGAAGAAUGUC